AUGAACGAUAGGAACGUCCACAGUCAAAAUAAAAAUAACACAAAUAAUGUCAAACCUGAAGCCACUAACGACAACUCAUUCGGUGCAAAUUCGCAGUCCCAAGACUCGAUGCCAUCCACUCUCGAUCAUCAGCAUGUGAGUCCAGGCGAUACGUCUUUUAUUGAAACGUCGACAAACGGAAGAAUUCAGCGAGAGAACCCAUGGUUACCUUUUUUAAGGCCGAUAAAUCUCAGUGAGCGUUUAACCACGCCCCACCAACCCCCGUCUCAUCGCUCUUCCGCUAAUCAUUCCAGCAAAAAAGAUGGAAAGCACGUUGGGGAUGGAAAAAAGGAUCCUAUCCCACCGAAUAACUCAAUAUCAUCGCGCCUUCCCCAAGAGCUACCAUAUCCCAGUGUAUCCUCAAGACUUCCUGACGGGAUGCUAGGGGAUCGUGAAACCCGAGAGGGAGCCCCGAAGGACUCUCAGCUCCACACCAAUCGUUCACCAAAUAGUUUAAGUCGGCAGGAUCCAAGCCGAUUGGGCGCCAACGGCGAUGACAACCGCCCUGUACCCUCCGUGUCGGCUUCACACUCUAUUCGGCCGGCUGAAAGGAAAGGACCCCGCUCGGGUGUUCGUUUUAGUCCAUCGGUUAAUUUUUAUAACCAACCCCACAACAAUAAUGCGGCCACGAAGGCUGACGAGGUGGAAAAGCUGAUGGAGGUCCCCGAUAUUCCCACCCGCCCGUUGGACAGGUUCUUUGUUCAGUGCCAUAACCAACCAAAUAGCGCGGGUGAGGUUCCGCACCCCGAAAAUGAGGAUUUUGACGUCCCCAAAGAACUCCGAGACGAGGACGAGAUGUUGCUUGCGCAAUUCGCCCAGUUCACGGACGAUGAUUCCUUCUUUAGCGAUUUUUCAUCCGAGAUCGAGGACCAGCCAAAGCGCGCUAUCGCAAAUACACUACACCUGCAAUCGACGAUAUCUGCGCACGAGACGAUAAGACUGCACUCUCUCACUAACGGCCGCUUUAGGGAGGAGUACGUGUGGAACCGCUUGAUCAAUGCACCAUGGCUUUACCAGAUCCACGUUAAUGGCUCUGCGCUAGUGCACUCUUCCUUUAUUAUUUUUCCAGCCCAUUGGACGCCGCGGAUUAUAGUGUACAAUAUUUUGCAUCACUGGAUUUAUGAAAUUAUCCUUUUCUUUAUGAUAUUAGGCUAUUGUAUCUUUCAGGCGACCUGGGCACGCUACUCGGUCCCAGAGGACAAAAUGGACAAGCCAGGUUACAUAAUCGGUGCGGACGCCUUCUUUACAACUUUAUUCGCAAUAGAAUUGUUUUUUGGUCUCUUUGCGAAAGGGUUCUUCUUUCACCAACGCGCAUUCUUCCGGUCUCCAUGGGGUUGGUUGGACACUGCGGUUUUCGUGUUGUUGAUUAUGGAGUGCACGAACGACCAGCGCCUGUGGAAUUUCACGGCGUGGCGCCUAAUUCGGUGCAUAAAAUGUCUUAUGCGUGUCCCCCUACUCGUGGACAUGAAAAUCAUGGCGAAAUCCCUUCUCCGUUCAACAAAAGGACUCAUCAAGGUAUGUAUCUUGCUAGGGUUCUUUAUCUUCUUCUUUGCGCUGCUUGGUCUACAGCUCUUCUCAGGGGUGCUGCACAAUCGCUGUGUAAACAAAUUCACAGGAAGCGUGACGAACCAAAUCUGCCGUACCGUCUCCACUGGCGAGUACUGGUUCUACUGGGGUUACCAUUGCCGCGAAGCCCACAAGUGUGUUCCGGAUGCUUUUCCAAACCCACACUAUGGCUUCCGGAGCUUCGAUGACAUUGGUCAUGCGUUGCUUUCCACAUUCCAAAUCAUGACUUUUCAGGGCUGGGCAGGGCUCUUGAGAGAAACUAAUGACGCUGUGUCCGUAGCGGCGUUCCUGUAUUAUUUUUUUGUCAUUCUUUUGUGCGCAUGGAUUCUGCCCUCUCUGUUUCUCGGUGUGUUUAUCACAAAAAUUGAGAAGAUUCAUCGUCUUUUUAUUCUCAAGCAGCUGAACGUUUUCAAUAACAUCCUGGAUGAACAACGCCAACGUAUGUGUGCCGCUGUCCGCCUAAAGGACUACAUACAUCGAGAUAAAAGUGGACGCAUCACACAUUACCCGGCCUACGCUUCUAAACCGAACGACAAUGACGCCUCGCAAUACCGUUUCCCAGGAUUGAAAAUAAGGCACGGGUCUGUUCACAACACCCACUGGACGGACGAACGACGACUGCAGCUCCACCUUUCGCUCUCACGUCACCGUACGGUUGCCGAAGACGCGGAGCAAAAGCGUGCCGGUUUAACGCGAAGAAAAGUCUUGGAGAAUUCCGUAACGUCUUCUUCUGUAAAAAAGAGACCGCAACGCUUCGACGCACGAAAUGACACACACGAAAGCAGCACUAUUGACAUUCCAAAAACUGAUAUCAUUCUAUCCGAAAGAAUAUUGGAGCCUGACAAUUUCGCUCUUGGUGGCCGCGUAGGUAUGGUGCAACAUCAUCCUCAAACUCACACUAUCGGAGCUUCACGGGCGUCAGGAGAAACUUUUGCAGUUCGACAAAAUGCCAAGUCCAAGGAGUUGAAUUUUCUAGAACCAUAUACCGAUCACAACGAUUGGAAUAUGCUGCCUGAGGAUUAUCAUGAACACCCUGGGCCUCCGUUAGAGAAUGAUGUGAGGGAAUCAAACGACAUCCCUCAGGCAUCUUCAACACCUAGUAUCAAUAUUCGUGUAACUCGUGAGUCUGUCGGUGUGGUUCCUCUGCGGCACUCUAUGUCCGAAACCACCACCAUACCUCACAGAAGCGAACUAUAUUCCCCCAAAACAAUUGAUGAUAGUCGAAUGAACUUAAUUGAACCUUCACAGCCGGAAUAUCAGUCCGAUCUGGUGCUCAUUCAGGACCCGGAGGGUGGGGAAUUUUCAGUGACCGAUACGUAUUGGGGAAACAUUAAUAUUGUUCGCAAUAUUGUACACAUGUUCACCGAAGGUUAUCCACGAAUCUUAACUGAAUACAUGUGGAAGCAUCGCAUGAUGCGAUACAAGCACAACCUUCUGCCUCUCAAAAUUGCCAACAUGUAUCAGGAGGAUGCGAUGCAACAAAUCCAGCUCCGACAUGGAAAUCAAUACACAAAGACUCAGGAAGUGAUCCACAACUACGAUAUAUUUCAUGACCUUGAUGAGCAAAAAUCCCAUGCUAACGCCGGUGGUGGCGUGAAUCAUGACUCAAGGGUUAAGAGGGAACCUGCUAAAUGGAGCAUGCCGCUCAUGCGUAUGGCAGCAAACAUCAAGCAGAAUGCCCCCAUCACGAACUUUAACCUUUUUAUAUGCAUAUUGAUAUUCCUUAAUGCUGUUUUAAACGCCAGCCGAUAUGAAACCAUGCCGGAAGGCUGGGAAAAGGUUUUAUUUUUUGGUGGCAUUAUAUUUUCAGCAUUUUUCUUUCUCGAGCUGUUGAUCCGUAUGGUGGCUCUCGGACCCGGCCCAUUUUUGACGGAUGUUUUCAAUUCGAUAGAAUUCGUUGCGAUUACACUCUCUUUGUUUCAACUGGGUUAUAGCCGUGCUAAUACCAUAUCUUUGUUUAACUGGAUUAGGUUUUUGAAGCUACUUCGCGUGUGUCCUAUCAGCCCCACUCGUCAUGUCUUCCGAGUGCUCAUUCGUGCCAUUCCGGGCAUAACUUACGGUAUUAUAUUUUUUUCCUUGUAUGCAUUCAUGUGGGUUUUGCUGGGAAUGAGCUUCUUUGGUAGUCGUACGAAUUGGAUAGACAUCCAAAACGGGGAUUACUACACUCGUAGCAACUUUGAGACCUUUUCACACGCUGUUUACGCGGUUUCCCAGACAUUCUCCCUGAACCGCGAUCAAUGGCUUUAUCUUUCGUGGAACGGCAUGCGCGUGCGCGGUGGAUACACGAUUUUGUAUUUCAUAGUCGCGAUCUUUACCGCUUUUGUCUUUCGCCUUUUCUUUAUCGCGAUAUUCUUGUGGGCUUGGAAGGCCCAAUAUGAGCACAGUGUAUUUCUGCGGGAAAGCAUAGGUGGAGAAUAUUCCAGAGUUCCCUCUCAAAGCCGUAGCAAUCAGUCCCUUUUGCCUUGGUUUGACUUCGCUAUAUGGCGAUCGUUCAAACACAUCCACGGCGGCUUUGAGCGUCGUGAUGUGGCUCCCGAUGAAGUCUACUACAUUAAUGAGGACAUGCAGCGAGAGCUUCAGUUCGCAAAAUCCAGAGAUAGCUACAAUAAAACUAUAAACGAGAGCGGCUACGCCACUGAUCACACGCCGGUGGGACAGCAUGUCUUCAACACUCUCGAAAUUAGCUCACGAAGUGGGGAACCUUCCAGUGGUCCGCAGUACUUCAGCGUUGGCGAUCAGCUCUACCCACGGAACGUCUUGUAUGAGACGGAUCACACGCCGCAUCGAAAGACCUUCUAUGAGAACAAGGCCCAGCUUCGCUUUGCACGCGAACGGCUCUUCGUCCGCGCGGAGCUCCACGGCCACGGUGGACACCCGGCCCUAGACACGUCGCCCGGCCGCGACGGCGUCGUCUCCCCGAAGCCCGCCUCCCCCUUCAUCACCCCCUCUUUCCCCUCGGCGGACCCCUCCCAGUCCCCCCCGCCCCUUCCCCCGGCGCGGGUGCUGAGCCUGGGUGUUCACGAGGCGGGCACCGGGCCUGACAGGCUGGACGAGCCCCCGCGCCACCUCCUCCUCCCCGGGCCCCCCAUGCGCUACACGACGAUCCAGCAGGGCGCCCGACGCGUCUUCGAGCGGUGCCAGGACUGUAACGCGCACAAGGAGCGGCCCCUGCGCGCGGCCCCGGGCGUCACCCAGCGCACCGCGGACGACCUGCACGCGGAGCAUUGUCACAUGGCCGCUGUCCGGAGCGCGCGGCAGCUGGUGCUCAACACCAUACUGGGUUAUGUUCGUCUGAAGAUUGACCACAACCUGUCACCAACACGACACAUGAUAGAGGUCGUCCUUGGACAGGCCUGGAGCUGCGGGAUGCUGCUCUCGGAGAAUAUCGACAACCUCUCCUGCGUCGAUAAGCCGCAGGCGGAGCGAAGCUGGGACCGCUUGCUGUCGGCGCUUGAAAUUCAGAAGUGGUUGCUCGAGCUCCACGUGGGCGAGGAACAGGUCGGGCGGGCGACGCUCGCAUAUAUUCUUGCACAUCAGCAAAGAAAGGAAACAGAGACCCGGGAAUCCGAAUAUAAGGAGUCGUGGAAGGACCACACGCUUAUGGUUUUAGCACCAUCAAACUCGUUACGUCGCGGUGCGACCUCCAUCGUUGAGUCCCUGAUAUUUCAGAGAUUUAUAUUAGUAAUCAUUUUUGUUUCCUCAAUUUGUCUAGCUACAUACACACCAGGAGACUACAACAGCGAUAUGGGGGGAAGCUACAACAGCGUCAAGUAUAAAUUUCUGCAUCUGCUGGACGACAUCAUCAUCUUGAUUUUUCUUGCAGAGAUGCUACUCAAGUGGGUCAGCAUGGGUGUCAUUCUACCCAUAGGGCAUGCCUAUUUUUGGAGCUUGUGGAAUAUCUUUGACUGUUUUGUCGUGAUUUCUUCCCUGGUUUCUUGGUUUUCGCAGUGGGUCUUUUUGCGCUACCUCAAAGUCUUCCGCUGUUUUCGUAUUAUCGGUUCUCUACGGUACUGGACUUGGAACCCGAGCAUGAUUCCAGUUGCUUGCACGCUCUGGGACAACAUACCAAUCCUUGCCAAUAUAUGCCUCGCCAUGCUCAUGAACUAUCUUGUGUGGGCCAUACUCUUUACUUCCAUGUUUAUGAACAAAAUGAACACCUGUAGUAAUGCCAACAUUACCAAUCACACAGAUUGCUCGAAUAAAAGGUUUGAGUGGAAACCUACUACCCGAAAUUUUGGAAACUUCUACGAGAGCCUACUCACUACAUUUGAAGUCAGUACGGGCGCGGAGUGGCUCGACGUUAUUUACAAUGCGGUGGAUUCCUGGUCAACAGAAUUUCCACCCCUAACGAAUAGACACCCAUACAAGGGUCUCAUCUUCGUAGCAUACUAUUAUGUAUCCCACCUUGUUCUUUUCACGUUUUUCAUAUCAGCCAUGAUUUACUGUUAUUUUCUUUCCAAACGUACCACCGAGGGCAUGAACUUUGGGCAUCAGCUAUGGUCACGCAUAGAAGAAGGUAUUUUGCGCAUCAAACCUAGGAUUCGCAUGAGACCCAGCUCUUUGCCGGGAUCUCGCUUCUUCCAUUGUAUCGUACGCAGCCCGAAGUUUGAGCUUUUCAUGUCGUUUAUUCUUUGGUGCAAUAUAGUCACGAUGUCGCUUCAAUGGUAUCACAUGGCUGACGUGCAAAAGACCACAUUAAGAGUAUUCAAUUCGAUAUUUGUUGUAUUUUUCACGCUCGAGGUGCUGAUGCGGAUUAUUGCACACGGCUCACGCCUCUUCACACGCUGGGCAUACUUCUGGGAUCUGCUGGUUGUGUGUCUAUCUUACGUUCAGUUCAUUCUCAACACCACACAGACCCAUCAAAUGCCAUUUGAUGUUAAUGUGCUCCGUUUGCUUCGCGUCACCCGCGUUCUUCGUUUGGUUAACUUCGUCACAUUCUCCAGAAUUAACCUAAUGUUUAUCAACGGGGUUCUGCAGGCUUCUGUGCCUGGUCUUAUCAACGUAACCCUUAUAUACAUGCUUGCGGUAUACGUGUUUGCCAUCGCCGGAUUGCAUUUUCUAGGCUAUAUCGUCCCAUACGGUGGCUUUAUUGACGGAAAGUAUAACAACUUUAUGACCUUUGUGAACUCGAUCAUUAUGGUGGUUCGUCUGUCGACUCUUCAGGAUUGGGCCACCAUGCUGCGUGGCAGCCUCGAUCGCGGUAACUACUGCGGCAAAGCAAACCACCGCUGUGGCCCAACCAACUACGCGCCGGUGUAUUACAUCGCAAUUGUAGUUGUCUUCUUAAUGAUCAUUUCGCUCUACAUGGCGGUUAUAAUGGAUCACUACAUUUCUGCUGUCCGUAUUCACGCCACCACUUGGAUUAAGGACCUCUAUCAUUUCCGUGAUUUGUGGUCCCGUCGCGAUCCUAAUGCGCGUUUGACCCUAUCGGCGACUCAAAUCCCCAAACUUUUGGAGGAGCUUCACCUCCCACUCGGCAUCAACGACCUCCACAGCCGUGCGGAGCUGCUGCGUUGGCUGCGCGAAUACGACAUCCCCGUUUCUAACGGCCGCGUCCACUACUACGCCGUCCUCUUUUCCCUUGCUCGUCGCGCGAUGCGGAUGUCCUUCCCGGAAGAAGGGAGUCUGGGAGAGGCCUUCGGGGUGUCGUGGUAUCUGUCCCAACGGCCCAUGAAAACAACCCUGGACUUCCCAGCGGUGGGAAAGGAAGGGAGGGGGGCGGGCCGACACACCCUCGCGGAGUGGUACGCGGUGUCCUACAUCCAAGCGGCGUACCGCCGAAACCGCGCGAUGCGCAGCUACUUUAUUGCGAAGUCCAAGCUCUGGAACGAUGGGCGGAGCGAGUGCCUUCGCCUGGGGCUUCCCUACGACCACUACGGCUUUGGCGCGCAGAGUCUGAACUCGCCAGAUCCCGCGGAGGACGGGCGGCGGCGCGGCUUCAAUGUAGCCGACGAGGACUCCCCGAUCUUCGCGAGCCACACCGGCAAACGCACCCGGAAAGCGAAGGGGCGGAGUCAUAAACGCCGCACGAAAGCCUUAGUGCGCGGCGAGAGCGAGGGCGAGGCCGUUUCUCUGCCAAUCGUCCACCACACCGCGAUUCGACCUCAGGAAGAGCGCUUUGGUCCGAACGCGCCUAAUGCCGUACGUCGACACGAACGACGAUCAGAGAAGCUCAGACGGCGUCGCGAGCGCGAAGAACGGGAGGAGGGCGGGGCGCGAUGGCGCGGGACCUCACAUUGGACGACGAACGACGUCGCCAUCCCCCGAGAAGGCCGCGUGAUGAACCCUUUUUCUUCCCCAAUGGGCAGAGUCCCGCCGGAAAGUCUGGCGCAAAGCGCACGUAAUGAUCAUCCGGAGAAGUCUGCCAGCAGCAACGUGAGUAAGAUACGUGUUAUCACAGUCUCACCCCCUCUUGACCGUAAUGACAGUAGUGUCCAAAUGUCAAACCCUAGCAGCCCCAGCUACCAACCACCUUUGGGGACGGAUCCGGAGGUGUUUCGAAGUGAAGAAAUCGCACGUCGCAGUCGACCGCGCUCAAACGAAGAAGAUUUUAAUAGAUCAAAAAUCUAG